GCCUCACGCUACGUAAACAUCAGCUGUUGCCUUCAGGCUCCGGGAGCUGCCUCCGUGCUAACAGGUUGUUAGCUGUUAGCCCCGGCGAGCUAACGCAAUGUCGGCGCAGGUAAACGCGGCACCGUCGCGUCUGGGAGUUUGACAACACGCGGAGGAUCCGGCGAACAUGUGGAAACGUGACCGCGUUUAGGAAGGAAUCUGACAAAAAGAUGGACAAGCCUUUUGACCCUAAACCCCCGAGGAGACUGAUAAAGGAGCCUGCUGAGUCUCACACAGCUUCAUCGCCCCAUCUGAUUUUACCAAAUCCUUAUGUGUCUGGCCAUAUUUCAAAGGGGAACCAGUCAGGUCUGAGCCCAAAGGCAGCUAGAAGAGGAGACGUACCAAGGAAUCAUGGCUACAACAACAGUCGUCGUGUUGGAGACUCCAGUGAUGAUUUGCUAUGGAGAGACAGGUCUACACGGGAUCCACAAGCAAAGGCAUCAAGAAGCAACAAUGGCUCCUCAGCUCAAAGCAGAGUCAUGGACAAGAGCACAACGGAUGCACAGAGAAGAGGUUUUAGAGGAACCAGAUCUGCCACGAACUCUGCAGGGACGUCAAAACCAGCACAGACCAACUUGGUCCCAUUUGAAGUGAAGAUGGCGGAUUUCCCAGAGCUGGCUGGUUUUCCACCGAGCAAAGCAGCCCCCUCUCUUCUUCAGAAAGAGUGCUGGGGUCCAAUUCCUCCGCCCAUGAGCCCUCAAACGCAACCGCCUGCAUCUACCUGGAAGUCUGGCAGGAGACGAUCCCCAACACGGCCUGAUCCCCAACAAAGAGGCGUCAAUGUAAAACCAGAUCCCCUUGCCAUCCCAGCAGAUCAGCCAGCGGCGGCAUCCUGGGCUAAUGUCGCCUCUCAGCCUCCGAAGAAAAUCGUCCUUAAAGAAGAAAAGACAAUCACCAGCAACCGCAAGCAGACGGAGGAAAACGCUGCAUCGCAGGAGGAGGGCACUGCUGGGAAGAAGAGGCGCAAGAAAAAGAAGAAGAGAGCUAAAGGUGCUGAUGAAGAUGAAGAUUUGGAGUUUGAAGAACCUGCAAUUUAUCAGGAGCCUCCGAAGUUUGAGGAUGAAGAGGAGUUUCCAGGCUUGACUCCUGCUCUGACUCGGACCGACAGAUUCUUAAGCAGCAGCAAUGCAGCUAAGCUAUGCAAUGAGGAAAACCAAAGAAUCGGAGGUCAGCACCUGGCUGCUGACCAGAACAAGGAAAAGUCUAAUGCAGCAAAAACUCAGUCCACAGAGACGACUAAGAAAGGACAGGUGUCAGGGAAGAAAAGCAAAGUUCCUGUUCAGCUGGACAUCGGGAACAUGUUGGCCGCCCUGGAAAAGAAGCAGCAAUCUCAAAAAGCCAAGCAAGAUGCCAAACCAGUCAUUCUCUCAGUUGGUGGGGGACUACCUGUUGCCCAGAAGCAGGGGUCCGUCCAGAAGAAGCCGCCCUGGCAGCAGGGUCAAGUCGCACACAAUCCUCUGGACUCCACCUGCCCAAUGGUGAAGAAAGGAAAACAGAGAGAGGUGCCCAAAGCCAAGAAACCCACUCCUCUCAAAAAGGUCAUUUUGAAGGAAAGGGAGGAGAGGAAGCACAAGCGUUUGCUGGAGGAGCGAGGUCUGGUUUCUGAGGAUGAGCUCAAACCUGUUAAUGAUGCAGAUGAAGAGCAGUGCGACAUAACUAUCACAGAUGAGGUUGGGAGUCCUACAGAGGAUCUGGACGAUCAGUCCGAGUUCAGUGGCACAAACCUGAUGGUGAGCGAAUGCGAAGAGGAGAACGAAAAGGAGGAAACCGUAGAGCAACAAACCACCUCACCUGUGCCCUGCGCAGUCAGUCGGCCCAAAAUCCACAGCAGGAAGUUCAGAGACUACUGCAGCCAGAUGCUGAGCAAAGAUGUGGAUGAGUGUGUGACGACGCUGCUGAAGGAGCUGGUGCGUUUCCAGGACCGCCUGUACCAGAAGGACCCCAUGAAGGCCCGCAUGAAGAGACGCAUCGUGAUGGGGCUCAGAGAGGUCCUGAAGCACCUCAAACUCAGGAAGGUCAAAUGCGUCGUCAUCUCCCCAAACUGUGAACGUAUCCAAGCCAAAGGCGGCCUGGACGAGGCGCUGCACAACAUCAUCGACACGUGUCGUGAGCAGGGGGUACCCUUUGUGUUUGCGCUCUCCAGGAAAGCUUUGGGUCGCUGCGUCAACAAGGCGGUGCCAGUCAGCCUGGUGGGCAUCUUCAACUAUGAUGGUGCACAGGACCACUACCACAAGAUGAUCGAGCUGUCUUCUGAGGCCCGGAGAGCUUAUGAGGUGAUGGUUUCAAGUCUGGAGCAGAGCGACCAGGCCGAGGCAGAACAGGCAGCGAACAGUGAGGAAGAGCUGCAGAUCAGCAGCAUGGCUGAGGAGGCUGAGCCCAGUCCAGAGAGCACACAUCCAGAGGACCCAGAAUACUUAACAAUUUGGAAGAAGAUGUUGCAGAAGGAGUACAACCACACAUUUUUGAACUUUGAGGAGCAGCUCAGCUCCUUGUGUUUGGACAGUGAAUGUACUGAAAACACUGAUGAAGAUGUGAAGAGUUGACAGUGGUGAAGCCCUCUGUGCCUAACAAAAAAAAAUGAACCCACACGUGCUGAUCACCAGCAAAGAAGAAACGAGGAUGGACUUAAUUUCCCAUUCAGAAAAACUGCAGCACAAGGUACUUCUGCUGCAGCAGAGCUCAACCUGAGGGAUUUGUCAGGAAAUUUAUAAUUUUGCUAAUAUUGGCAAUGAAUCUUUUUUUCUUUAAUGACUAGAGUAAUAUUUUUGUGUUUUGAGUUAAAGAUAAAUGGGCAAAUCUGUGUAUAUAAAGGGUGUGUGUGCGUGUGAGGGUGUUUCUAAACUGGAAAUGAACCACUGAGACACUAGGACCAAAGCUGUCACUUGAAAAAGAUCCCACAAUAUGAAUUUUGUGUGUAGAAUAUGAACAGACUGAGAAAUAAUCAGUGAUCACUUUGUUUUAGCCGUUGUGUUGCAGCUUUUGAUUUUUUUACGAAUUACCUUAAGUUAAUCGACAGGAACACGAGAGAAAUAAGUGGAAACGAUGCGAGAGAGGAGGGAGGACAUUCACAGACGGCCUGCAGCCAGGCUCGGGUCUGCAUCUUGUACGGGCUGAAAUAUGGAUCAGUGAGAUUUUUAAUUUGUGAAAUGAUGCUUGUUUAUCUCCCUCUGUAAAACUGUAGGAAAAUACACUACAGGGAAUUUAAGUUUGUGAAUGUAGAAAAGAUAAAACAAUUAGAAACCAAGCACUCAAAGUGACCACACAUGAUACGCUUGACACUUUAAUUUCUUGUAUUUGCUUUUGGGAGAAUGUUUAAAGCCGAUUUAAUAAGUGAGUGUACAUUGUUUUGUCACUUUUCAAAUAUGGACACACAGCAUGUGUUAAACCUGUCACUAACUGCUGUGUUGUGUGGGUUUGUGAAACAGCUUGUGGUCCUGUGUAACUUCCAUGUUGCACUCAGUGUGGGAAGUUUCAGUUUCGUUGAAUUAUUUCUCAACAUCAUUUCAUCUCAUUGAUCCUUACUUGAGCCCAGUCUGACACCUCCAGGCCACGGUUGCACAACUAGGUUGAGUUUAAAGUUAGAAAUUGAACUUUGUUAUUAAUUUACCUUUAAAAAAUGACGUGAGAAAAUAGUUGUUAAAAGGAGACUGUGCUACAUAGUAGAGUGUGUUUUUGUUGGUAUACAGUAGGUACAAUGCACAAUAUGUUGGGCUGCCAGGAAUUAAGUUCUUGUAAUAAGAAAAUCUGCCUGUUGGUGGUUGAGUCACAUGGCAAACUGACUAGAAAAUUGCUUAAUUCUUCUUUUUUUUUAAAGACAAUUUUACAGUCAUUGAAAUUGCUCAGUGACAAUCACCUUCAAAAAGCAAUAAAUUCCCACAUUUGAAAGGGGCUAAAUUAAGUCCGAAUUUCAUUGAGCUGAAGAUUCACUUCUGAUUAUCUGAUCAUUACUUAUGGAAGUCAAAAUUACUAAUAUUAACAUUUUUAGUUGUGUAAAAGUGAUUUAAAUGUCUGAUAUGGGGAAAAAAAAGUCUUAAGUGCCGACAAAGAACCUCAGUGAAUCUUGUGGGAUUUGCUUCAGGCACAAUGGACAUGAGGUUGUGUCCAAGUUGAUUGUGUCUUGAUGCACUGACAAAAAAUAUGAAAGUUUAACAAGAAAUUGGUUUGUUGUUAAUUAUAUUAUUUGUCAACGUGUAACUGAAUUUUGAUCUGAAUUUAGUAUAUUUAGUUAUACCUGACAUUUCUUUAUUUCGAUUAAAGAAGAUAAUUUAUUUUCAUGGGAUCAUUUUUUUACGGCUUCAGUUCAGAAACAGAGCAGAGACACAGGCUACUGAUUCUUUAGGCGUCUGUCGUUAACCUGAGGCCAAAAGAAUCACUUCUCUUUGCAAAGUGCCACUCGAGACCAGACACAAUGCUGAAACUGCACAAUACAAAUGUUUGACAAAGCUGAGUCUGCUGUCUUUGUUUCUAUGAAACAAACAAAUCAUAAGAUGUUUCAUAUUUGAAUGAUCUCACUCCCUAAAUAUAUCAUUUCAAAAAUAGAUUGUCUUUAAAUCCUUUUGUACAAUAUAAGGUAAAGUUGCCUGUGUUGGCUUCACAUGUGAAAUGUUUCAUCCCAAAAGGAUUUUGGUCUCAAAGUCAGAGCACUUUGGAUUUUGAAUUCCUCACUUAAAUAUGUGUUUACAAAAAUAAAAUAAAAUCAUUUGUGAUUCUAAAUUAAACGAAAAUGAAUAUAUUCAAAAGGAUACGUCCUUUUGGAAUGAAACUUCAAAUGAGUUACAAGUCAUUCCAUAUCAGCUGCGUUUUGUGUCAUGCAAAAUCCAAAAUUGUUAUUAAAUACAUUUAUUUUCUAUGCA